AAUUAGCAGGGAUGAAUUAUGAGGUAUCCCAUAAGUUUGACAAAAUUCCAACUUGGAGAAUUUAUACCCUCAAAUAUAUAACAACUUGUAUUAUUAUAAAGUCAAAAACAAUAACAAUAAAACAAAACAGAAAACACUAAGACAAUAAUAGGACUACAGAUUUUUAUAUAUCUCCUUCUCUAACUUUUCUGGGCAUUUACACUCAAGAACAUGGAAUAAAGAAUUCAGCUUCUUAAAAUGGGUAUAAAACAAAUAUUUACAUAAUAGCAUCAUAAAAGGUGAUUAUAUUUCUUUCCCUACAUUUAUUUCAUGCAACUCAUACUAUAUAUAUCAUCAUUAUUCAAAAUCAAGAUCUUCUUAGGUGCACAUAGAUAUAUAUUUGCAUUUUGUAGUACUUAAUGUCAGUUUAUGCAUUUAGUUUGAACUCUCUAACUGGCCGUCGUAUUCAAUUCUAGGACAUUAUUGAUGAUCAGUUAGUGUGUGUUCCACAGGGCAGGGUGUUGGAAACUAGUGCUUGAGUGAAUGAUGGCCGGCCAUUACACUGCCAAAUCCCCAUUACUUGAGCGCUCCAUCAAUGAGUCUGCAAAGGAACCCGGAGAUGUCAACAACGCUUUAACAAGGAAAAGAUUUCGACGUAGCAAAAGCACCCCUUUUACAAAGUACAAUCCCUCAAAAGAGUCAAUUGUCAACAUCCAUAAUGAUGAUAAUCCGAGUCCUCCACCACCAUCGUGUAGCCCCAAUGAAAAACCUGUCCUUAUUCAUGUGUUCCUAGCAUUGGCCUUGUACCUUAGUGUUGGAACUAUUUGCUUUGUCUUAGUUAGGGGUCAGCUCGAUGGCAAGAAAACCAAUGGUGUUGUUGAUGCCCUUUAUUUCUGCAUUGUCACAAUGACCACUGUUGGAUAUGGAGAUCUUGUCCCUGCUACCACUCUGGCCAAGCUGCUUGCCAGCUUGUUUGUUUUCAGCGGGGUGGCUGUUGUUGGUAUGAUUCUUAGCAGAGCAGCUGAAUACAUUGUUGAGAAGAAUGAAGCACUUGUGGUCAAGGCUUUUCACCUUCAGGAUAAGGCCGUCCCCCCUGCUGAAAUACUUGAAGUAGUACCCGUGGAAACCAACAGGACUAGAUACAAAUUUGUGAUGGCCUCCAUCCUUCUCUUAUCGCUUAUGACUGCAGGAACGUUGUUCUUGACCUUACACGAAGAAAUGGAUCUCAUUGAUGCCUUCUAUUGUGUUUGUGCCACGGUCACCACUCUAGGUUAUGGGGAUGAGAGCUUUGCCACAGCAAAGGGACGACUUUUUGCUGUGUUUUGGAUAUUGUGCAGCACUAUGUGUCUAGCUCAGUUCUUUUUCUACCUUACUGAACUUUAUACAGAGAGGAGGCAGAAGACCUUUUUGGAUUGGGUUCUUAGCAGGAAGCUUACACUAGCUGACAUUGAGGAAGCUGAUCUUGAUAAUGAUAACGUCGUGAGUGCUGCAGAGUUCGUUAUAAUGAAGCUAAAAGAGAUGGAGAAGAUCACUGCUGAAGAUGUCACCGUUUUGAUGGACUGUUUCAGGAAUUUAGAUGUGGAUGAUUCAGGAACCCUGACAACAGCUGAUAUAAUAAAUUCAGGUUAAUCUUACAGGGUAUGGAAACAGAAUAUAUUCACAAGCAGAAAAAUCUUACAUUCUUGCAUUUCCAUACUUGUGAGAAAAAGGUAGCUUCUACAAAACAUUCAAUACUUUGGGAUACUAGCUUUUAUCUGAAUUUCUGCUGUCUGGAAGUUAUCAGCAGCUUAUAUAUACGAAGUAUGAUAGACCCUAGUAAUCACCUACUUAAUGUAUGGUUGCCUUCUUUGCUAACUGUCAUUCUAAGCUAAUGGCUCGGUUUUAACACAUAACAUGCUAGUAGCCUGGUGGCCAUGUUAUAUUCGACGUUUGGCUUUGUUGUGCA